AUGCCAACAUAUGGUAAUUAUGUACUUCGACCUCCAAAAUACACUUCUCGCCGUUGCAUCGGGGCCGGUCACCGACCUUCCAUCUACCGAUACAUCGCCGACUUCACCCCUCCCGCCAUUUCCUCGGGCUGUCCAAGGAUUGCCGAUGGACGGGUACCGAAGCCAUGUGCCGCCAAACUCAGCAGCCUAAUCCAUCUUUCAACCUGUCCGAACCAAGCAGGCCAAUCCUCCUCAUCUCGACCAAUUGUCAAUGGUAGACAAGCUCAGGUCGUUCGCUCUGCUUCUCGUGCAGUACAUGGCAUUGCAUGUCACGGCAUGGCAACAGUCGCUAGUGGCAGCAUGGCCUCAUGGAUCAUGGCUUGUGCUGGAGCCCGAGUUGCAGGAGGCAUCCUAGUUCGCUCUGCACCAGUUCGUAACCAAGGACCGAGAUGGCUGCCAUCAUUGUCGCUGGCCUUUGUUCGCUCUCGCCAACAGCAUCCCCCGCAUGAGACAGUUUCCUCGAUACUACUUCGAUACUCCGUCAAGCCAGUGAAGCUCGCCUCGGCCGCUGGAAAUUCGUUUGAACCUGCACCUCUCAGUCGUCCCAUGCGCUCCAACACUGGUUCAACGUUGAUGAAUGACUUGCAAGGAAUAACCUCGUCUUUACUUUCUCCCAAGAGGACCGUCCCCAAGCGUCUCGGGGCUUCCGCACCGCACGCAAUGACCUUCUGGGGGGCAUUCUUCGGUUCCGAACCCAAAGAUGCCAGUGCUGUGACCUUAGCUUAUCCCGCGACAUCAACUUUCCGAGAUCCCCGCGUGGACCUGCAACGGCCAUCAUCAGUUGAGAAACGGAGCAAAGACUUUGUCCUUUGUCGCCAUAGCUCGGCUCCGGAGAUGCUCGGCUGGCUGUCCAUCAACUUGUCUUUGGCUAGCCUGAUAUUCCACAGCCACAAGUUGAGUUCUGACAGGUGGAAGGGAAAGGUGCCCUACAAUAGCAGAUGCGGCACCGAAUGGUUAGCUACAGGUCACCCCAAGCAGCGCUUGGGAGCGGCGCCAUUGGCUUUUAGCAUGUCCUCCAGCCUCCAGGAGGACUAUCUUCGAUGCAGCGAGCUGGCCGAGAUAUCACGGGAAAGGUGUAUAUCUGGGACAAACUGCCUGCCCGUCGACAAACGCGGCUCAACGUUGUCCGUCCUCGUUCGUCGUACCCGCAUACCGAACACGGGAUAUCCACGGUCAUUAUCUCACGAUCCUUGCGAUCCGGUUGUUGACUUACCUACCUCAUGUAUGGCUCGUCUUAUCUUAUCAUCCCUGAGGGGAAAUCGCAUCCUGAGGUGGCUUCGCCUGUUCACGAGACCAGCCAACCUCGCAUCAUCGAGUAAUAACCGCCUAUUUCGCAGAGUUGUCGAGGGCCCGCCCGCUGAUGGAUCGCUGGAGCAAUCGCUGGAUCUUGGAUCCUACGGUUCGGAUGGCAAUGGAGAGCACAUGUGCGUUGGCAAAAGUCAACUCAAAAUCUCUGGCUUAACCGCCCUCGUUACACAAUCCUUUGCUCAACAUCCGAUUGAGGGAAUCCUCAUUUAUGGAGCAGUCCUGUGUUUAUUUACACCGCCUCCUAAUACCUUCUACGGGGACAUGCUUCCCUCUCUAACUUGCCUUCUGGGUUGUCCCCCAACAGUGUUAGUCGAUGCUACGCCGGACGUCGAGAUUGCCAGUCUAGCCUUGAUUGCCCAUCAAAAUUAG